CUGGCUCAGUAUCCCCGAAGCAACCGACUCACGUGUAUUCAAAGCAAGUGCCCGAGCUUUUACAAACUCAAAAAGUUUAUUCGCGCGCGUAUACACUUUUUAAAUAAAUAUCAAGUGGGAUACCUCUGUGCAUUAACUUGCCAUCGCGGAAAUAAUUUAUUGUGCCGAUAAAAUAAUAAAUAAAACUGUUUUUUAAAUUUAUUUUUUAUAAAUAAUUUAUUGACAGGCUGACUCUAUUGUUGGUUUGUUUUGGUUUAUCAGUUUUGGUGAGUUUUUUUAUUUGGAGUGAUUGUUGAUUCAGAAAAAUGUGUGUAACGCUCAGAUGAGACGAGAUGAGGUUAAUAAAUAGAUUUAUGAGUGAAAAAGGAGUUUAAAAUCAUAAGUUGAUUAUUUGCCACAGUCCCCGCGGCAAGGACGCCGUGGAUGGGUGGAAAGAGUAGAAGGAAUAAGAAGAAGAGGAACAAGAAGAAGAUCCAGGUGUGUGCUACGCAAGAAAUCUUCAAUAAACGGUCGACAACCUCUGUUAUCUAUUUUUUCUGACUUCGGGGGUGUCUAUUUUUUGAAAGCUCCGAUAUUAUUUUGCUUUCAAUUUAAAAAAUUUUGAUUUUUAUUGAAAAAUACUGUGAGCUUUUAUCGAUUUUUGGUGUUAAUGUUUUAUCAGAGAGCGACAAUUGCGGAAAGGACUAUUUGUAGGUUAAUCCGAAUCACUCUCUCUUGAGUGGAGCCUGGAGGCUGUGCCGCUGUUUAACCGGCAAUGCGCGACGACACGAGAGAAAAAGUGUAAGCGAAGCAAGUGAUAAAGCCAGCAGGUCGUGGGAGAGAAUUGGCGACGAGAUUUUCCAUGCACAUGCUCACGUCGCGUCGGAUGCAUCGUCUUACAACCGGCAACUUGGCCGCACCUCGUGAUUACAUCAGUCAGUUCUGGGAAUAAUAAACUAUUUAUUGUUAUUUUAAUUGUAAUUGUAAUAACAAAUCUUUGUUUAAAUUAUUUAUUGAUCAAUUGGAGUCAAAUAAAAGAAUAAAAGCACGUGGUGAUCGCACGUGUUUUUUGGAGCUAAAAAAGUAACUUGUGCAUAAAAGAGCAUAGUCCUUAAAUGUCCAUCAAUUACAGGGCUUACUUGGCCUUUUUUACCGACCUAAGCUUAGUGUGCUGUGUCUGUGAGCCACCAGUUUAUUGCAAAUUGUAAAAAAAAACGCUAAGUAAAGUAACACUUGGACUACUCGGGCUUGAGCUUGGGAGAUAAUUAAACGCGUUCCAUCCCAAGAAAGACGCAAAAUUGUCGGCGAGGAUACAAAACAGUCAUCUUGGCUGUACUGUUGACGUGCGAAAAUAAGAAACGACAUUUUAUUCCAAUUAUACGAUUAAAAGUGCUCGUCUUUUUGUUUUAUCGUUCAUUGUGUGUGUGUGUUUAUCUCUUUGUGUGCUGGAUAAAUUGUUAAAUAAUUGUUGUGGAUAAAAGUAAAUAAAAGUUUUUUAUUUUUUAGUUUGAGUACGUAUUAUUAUAACGGACAUACAUUACAUAUACAUUUUAUUGUAUAUGUAUUGUAACAAAAGUUUGUGUGGUAAUUCACCUGUCGAGCCAACGUGACACCCUUUUGUUUUUAAAAUAUUUAGCAAUUAUUAAUAUUAAUUGUACGAAAGUCACGAUAAAGACCAAGUACUGUCUUUAUUUAUUAUUAUUUUUUAUUUAUUUGGUUGUGUUAUUGUUUUAUCAUGUGAGAACUAGUGAUUUGUAAUCGAGUGUAUUUAAAUGAUUAUUUAAAAAAUAAAUUUUAUAAAAGUAAUAAUAAUAAUUAUUGUCUUAAUUAUUGUGAUAAAGUGAGUGGUUAAUCAGGAUCCAUAUAAUAUAAUAUAUAAUAGUGGAUUUAAACGCAUUGUGUAUGACGAGGAUACAUAUUUAGAUGAUAUAAAAUUAUACUGUGGAUUUUAAAAUAAGGAGUGAGAAUAUAAUAUUAUACAUCGAGUUUUGAUUGUUGGAAUAGCCGUUGUUGCACUUUGUGUGUGACAAAGUGGCUGAAUAAAACAGAGGUGAGGCAAGUGUGGUGAUGCGGUAGUCGCGAGAUUCACGAGGGAAGCCAUGAGGGCUGCCGCUGCUUACGUCCUGUUUUUUGCCCACCUCAUACAGGCGACAACCGGUAGCGGAUAUUUCGAGGUGCAGAUACUGUCGUUAACAAACAACAGGGGCACGCUGGUGGACGGUCGUUGUUGCGGCGGGGGACGUGACUCCGGCGGACGGGGUGGUUUUCCCCCUUGUUCUCAAACUUGCACAACAGCUUUUUGGCUGUGCCUUAAAGAGUAUCAGUCAAAUGUAACAGCCAUCGGCUCCUGUAGCUUUGGCAACGUAUCUAGUCAGGUGCUUGGACAAAAUACAUUUACUCUUAUUGAACCUGUCACACUUCAACUUCAUUUCACAUUCAGAUGGACGCGUCAAUUCACGCUGAUUCUUCAGGCACGAGACGAGCCUAACGGCGGAGUAAUAGAGGAGGCAAGUUACAGCGGAAUCGUCCUUCCGGGUACUACGUGGCACACCUUAAAUCAUCAAGGACGAAACGCACAUCUAACUUAUCGUUUAAGGGUUCAGUGCGCGGAUCAUUACUACAAUGCAACCUGCACCAAAUUUUGUCGACCGCGCGACGACAUAUUUGGACACUACACCUGCGACGAAAACGGUGAUAAAGUCUGUAUACACGGGUGGAAAGGAGCCGACUGCGAGACAGCGGUAUGCAAAGAGGGAUGUCAUCCAAUUCACGGACACUGUAAUGCGAGUGGCGAAUGCAAAUGUCGUCAUGGGUGGCGCGGGGACCUUUGCGACCAAUGCACACCGUACCCGGGAUGUAAACACGGGUACUGCAAUGGGUCAAGCUGGCAGUGCAUAUGUGACACAAAUUGGGGAGGAAUCCUCUGCGAUCAAGAUCUAAAUUACUGUGGCACACACGAGCCUUGCCAGAACGGCGGGACGUGCGAGAACACUGCUCCAGAUCAGUAUCGCUGCACGUGUCCGGACGGUUUUUCCGGGUCGACUUGCGAAAAAGUUGACAACCCGUGUGCGUCAAAUCCUUGUCUAAAUGGCGCGACGUGUGUCGAACUGGGUGAAACCGCGGAGUGUCAAUGCGCUCCGGGAUUUUCGGGGCCUUAUUGCGCGACGGAUGUCGAUGAAUGUGCGUCCCAGCCUUGUCAGAACGGCGGUACCUGUGUUGAUGAGAAAAAUCAAUUCAUUUGUCAUUGUCCAGCUGCAUGGCAAGGGACACUAUGUCAAUUUGACGUUGAUGAGUGUAAUCUCAAAGAGUCACCGUGCAAAAACUCUGUUACCUGCGUCAACCUUGCUGGAGAUUACAGAUGCCGAUGUCGAAGUGGAUUUACCGGGAAAAACUGCACGAAAAACAUAGACGACUGCGUGGGUCAAUGUCAACACGGAGCACUGUGUAUCGACUUGGUGAACGACUAUCACUGCUCAUGCAACCCCGGUUACUCUGGGAAGGACUGCGACGUAGAUAUCGACGAGUGUGCAUCCAAGCCCUGUCAAAACGGUGGCGAGUGUCGAGAUCUUGUCAACACAUAUGAGUGCGUUUGUCCCGUAGGAUUCACGGGCCACCAGUGUGAAAUCGUAAAGGAUCACUGCACCCCUAACCCUUGCAGAAACUCAUCUCCAUGCUUCAACACUCAGAGCGACUAUUACUGUCACUGUCCAGUGCAAUGGCAGGGUAAAAACUGCUCCGAGCUGGCAGUAGACAAUCCUCGACCGGACGACGGGAGCCCAGGAUGUGGGAGUGAAGGAACGCCCUGCAAUGGACGCGGUAGAUGCAGCAACGGCAUUUGCAUUUGUGAUCCUGGCUACACCGGUCAACGCUGCCAUGAGAAUAUCAACGACUGUCGUGGGAAUCCUUGUUUAAAUGGUGGUACCUGCGUAGAUCUCAUUAAUUCGUUCCAGUGCAUUUGCCAAGAAGGUUGGACCGGUGACCUUUGCGAUGAAGACGUCGACGAGUGUACCAACGCGCCUUGUCGCAACAAUGGAACCUGCAUAGACGGAGUGGCGGACUUUACAUGUGAAUGCCGUGGCGGCUGGAAAGGCAAAACCUGUACGCUACGAGGCGGUCACUGCGAGCCAGGAACCUGCAGACACGGGGGCACUUGUCAAGAUCACGGUGAUGGGUUCACGUGUCACUGUCCCCCAGGAUGGGAAGGCGCUGCAUGUCACAUAGCUUCCCCAGCUUGCGCGAGUUCUCCGUGCGAGAACGGUGCCACCUGCGUAAAUACCGCGGACGGGGGUUAUCGGUGCAUCUGCCGCGAGGGCUUCGAAGGUCCGAAUUGUCGUAAAGACGUGGAUGACUGUCAACCAUUACCAUGUUUGAAUGGCGGUAGGUGCGUAGACGGUGUUAAUUGGUUCAGAUGUGAGUGCGCUUCAGGAUUUACCGGACCAGAUUGCCGGAUUAAUGUCAACGAGUGUGCAAGUGAUCCGUGUAUGGGUGGAGCUACAUGCAUCGACGGUAUCGCCAGUUACUCGUGUAUAUGUCCACCCGGUAGAACAGGUAUUCACUGUGAAAUAAGGACUGCCAGCGGAGCCGGUUGCAGUGCAACUACGUGGGACAAUGAUUGCAACGUUUGCGAGUGUCGCAACGCUAAAAAUCAAUGCAGCAAUGUCUGGUGUGGCCAGGGCAAUUGUCUAAACGGUACGUCCUGUUUGGCUCACGAAGUUUGUGUACCAUCUCCAGGCGAAAGCUGUCUCGCGCCUCCCUGCUCUCCGUGGGGCGAAUGUCGGCCAGUGGAAACUGGCAGAAGAGUUGGUCCACCUGCUCUUCCGGCGCCACCUACUUGCUGGCCUGGCCAAGCUAUUCCGGGACCAACCUGCUCUCGACUGACUAUUCUACUCAGAAGAGACACUCUAUCCCCCGGAACCUCCGUAGAACUCUUGUGCAGACAACUAAGAAGGCUGCUAGCAGAUCCGCGAAGACCGCAAUCGUUAGUGCUACUGUGUGACCUAAAACCCGGCGAUAACGACACCAUUGAGGUGACAAUAUUCUCAGAAGCGGCCGUAGACGCGGCCCGUGACCUAGGGGAGGCUCUGAGUAGACCUAUAAGCAGGCCUCUGGCUCUGGCCUCUGUGCUAGAAGUCAAAGUCGAGACGGCUUUGCUGACGGAUCCAAUAACUGCGUCAAACAGUCCCGGUAGCAGCGGAUAUGUCGCGGUUCUUGGAGGCGCGCUGGCUACCGUUCUGAUUCUGGCGCUUUUGGGCGGUCUCUGGUACUUGAAAUCGAGGCAGAGAUCAGGACUGACUGCUACUACGAGCAGCGAAACAUCGCUGCACCGGCAUCGCAGCGAUUUGGAUGAAAAGUCUAACAAUCUUCAAAACGAAGAAAAUCUCAGGAGAUACGCGAACCCUCUCAAGGAUUCGGAUACUGGAGAACCGAGGGUAUCUAUCGUGAGACCCUUGUCUGGGAUGUCUUUGGGUGCGUUGGGGCCCGCUGAAGAGAGCCUGGAGAUGGUUGCUGAGGAAGGACGACAUAGAUUACCGCCUCUCUACAAGCCGACGAGCGCCGAGGCGAGGAAUAACACGGCGAGUUUCUCGUAUGAAGAGAGCCUCCAUAAGCCCUACACGAAACCGCGUCUUCAAGAGCCGGCUUACUCGCACCAACAAACGCCACAACAGCAACCCGGAACGAGCGCUCAAAUAGUUCCACGACAGGUGCUAACUGUACACGUUUAAUCAGACAUUUAUUUCAUGAUUUAGUCAAGAGUAUCGUGAUUUUAUAUGAUAUAUAUGAUGAAUUAUUAUUCCCGCACGACUGUAAUAUAUUUGAGGUUGUUGCAUCGUGCCGAGGUGUUUAUAAUGCCGAGUGAUUGAAUUUAUAUGAAAUGACAUGUAGUCGAGUGGCCGGAUCCACAGUCGCGCCUCAACGUAUAUAUUGUAAUAAAAGACUUGCUUGGCCCUCAUUUCAACCUUUUAAACCUUGUAUUAGUAAUUAAUAAAAGGUACGACUGUUAACGGCCAUCAAUAUAUAGAUUUUAGUAUUAAUAAUAUAAAAAAAAUGAACGAUACAGAGAAAUUUAUACAUAGAAGUCUAUAUAAAUAUAUAAAUAAAUAAAUAAAUAAAUAUAUGAAUAUAUUAUAUAUAAAUAAAUAAAUAUAUAGGAAUAAGAUAUAAGAGAUAUAUAUGAUAGCAUCAGAGAGAUUAUGAGAUGAUAAAACAAAGCGAGAGGAAAACAACAAAGGAAAGUACGCACAUUUAAAAGUUUAUAUCAAAAGGAUGGCCUUGUUGGCUUGUGUCACGGGGGUCUAACUACAAGACACGUCAUCAGACAAUAUUCCCGUUGCCGCGUGCCUGUCGUGUUGUACUUGGGUUUACUUGUUCAUUUAUGGCCGAGUGUACUCCUUCCUCUACAUAAUAGUCCACUGCGCAUAUAUGAUAGUGGUUAAUAAGUCUCUGACACUUGUUUUAACGUUACACAGAAUCGGAGAGUGAAUAAUACGCCCAAUUUAAUCCGAGUACAGAGUACCAGCAUAUCCAAGAAAGUACUUCAAAUUUAUAACGAUAAUAAUAAAAGAAAUAGUAAUAAUAAUAAUAAUAAUAAUAAUAAUAAUAAUUAUGAUAAUCGUAUUUAAUAAUAAUAAUGGUUAUGAUAAUAAAUUUAAAAAUAAAAAUAAUGAUAAAGUAUAUACCAGUAAAAUAAAAUAGUGGACAAAAAGGUAUAAUGUACCUUAUAGCACGCGGUGUGCCGUAGGGUGUAAUAAUACUCGCCGAUAAAACGCUAAGACGUGACAAUAAAUCACUCAACUCUCACACAAUUAUAAUUAAUGAUAAUGAUAAUGCACAAUUGUUAUCGUUGUACAUAUGUACAUAUUCUGUACUUAUUAAUUUUAUUAAGCGUGGAUUGUCUUCCUGGAAGGUAUCCUGAACCUUUAUAUACUACUAUUUUCCAUUCCUAUUAUAUUAAUACUAGAAUUCAUAGUUAGAAAUUUUUUAGUUUGAUAUUUUAUAUAUUAUUUUAUUUUUAUAAUUUUUAAUUUUAAUGAAAAUGUAAUUAAUUUUUAAUGAACAUUUUAUAAAAUAUAAAUAAACUUUAAGGGUACUUUUUAGUUAUUUAAGAUUGAUGUACCGUAACUAUAGGCUCUAGGGUUGUGAUACGCUCAAGCAUUCACAUUUAUAUAAAUAUAGAUAUUUAUAAAUAUAUAUAUUAAUAUAAAUAUAUGACAUAAUAUACGUCUGAUAAUGUAACGUUUAGCAGCAGUUCGGUACAUUCCUCCAGACAACAUUGUGAUAAUCAUGUACGAUGACAUUUUACCGUCAAAUCACACGUACGAUAGUUUAUUAUUUUAUUAAUUAUUAUUACUAUUUUUAUUAUUA